AUGACUUCAUUAGACUUAUUGAUUAACAAAGCAACUGAUCCCACAUUAACUUCUGAUAACUGGCAAUAUAUCCUUGAUGUGUGUGACAGAAUUUCAGCAGAUCCCGAAACUGAAACUAAACGGGCCAUAUCUAUAUUGAAAACCAAAUUAACUUCGAAAGAUGCCAAUGUUGUAUUAAGAUCAUUAUCUUUAUUGAUAUCUAUAGCUGAAAAUUGUGGAUCUAGAGUCAAACAAGAAAUAGCCACCAAAUCAUUUUUACAAGAUGCUUUAGUUAAGAGAUUAUCGGAUAAAAAAUUGCAUGCCACAGUGAAAUACAAAAUAUGUGAAGUGUUGACUCAAUUAUAUAAUGCAUUCAAAGGAGAUCCAUCAUUGAAGCCAAUGACUGAUGCAUAUAACAAGGCAAGACUGGAACAUCCCAGAUAUUUUAGUAAACAAACACAGGGCCCUUCAAAACCAGCCAAGAAGGAAAGAACACAACAAGACAAAGACCGUGAAGAAGAUGAAUUGCAGCGAGCUUUGAAAUUGUCGUUGCAAGAAUUUGAGCAACAGAAAACCGGAAAAAAGGAGCCUGAUGUGAAUAAACCUUUGCCAGAGAUACAGCCGGAACCAGAGUCCCCUCCAGUCGAAACAGUGGCCACUGUUUCCAAAGUGAGAGCUUUAUAUGAUUUAGUUUCGUAUGAGCCGGAUGAAUUGUCUUUCCGCAAAGGUGAUGUCAUAACCGUGAUUGAAUCUGUUUAUCGUGAUUGGUGGAGAGGAUCAUUACCUAAUGGCAAAGUUGGAAUAUUCCCAUUAAAUUAUGUGACACCCAUAGUUAACAAAUCACCACAGGAUAUUGCCAAAGAAGUUGAAGUUGAGAACAAGUUAAUUAAUGGAGAGCAGAGGAAAAUUGAAAGAUUACUAGCAAUCUUGUCAUCACAACAAAUAGAAACUAUAAAUGAAGAUGAAGUAACACAAUUAUAUAACGAGAUCAUUCCUUUGCGUAUUCAAUUAGGUAAUUCAAUUGAUAAGUAUGGGGCACGUCAGGAAGAAUUAAAGGUAUUAAACCAACUGUUGAAUUCUGAAAUCAAGUUAUACAACGAGUUAUUAGAUAAACUGAUUUCAAGUAGAGCCAAACACAAUACAGGAGGAGCCAUGUAUCAGAUGUCCCCAUAUCCUACAGAACAAUUCCCAGGCCAACUGCAACCUCCACUAUCACAACAAUAUCAACAAGCAUACGCACAACCUCAACAGACUAGCAAUUACGCACAAUCACAAACCAUGCCAUCUCAAUUUACCCAGUCUCAACAGGCACAACCACAAUAUCACCAGCCACAUACUAGAACAGGUUCACAACAAGAAGCUCCACAAUAUCUGGGAUAUAGUAAUAACAAUAUCCCCCCACCGCCAGCCACAACCUUUAAUCAGUCCCCACCAGCUCAGUUGCAACAACAAGAUACAAGUGCAGGAUUUGGGAAUGCUGUAUAUAACAGAGCUGCACCUGGACAACCUUACUAA